CGAGGGUUAAAAAGAGAAAUCGCGGUGUGUGUGUAUUAACUUCAAACCACGUUUUUUCAUUUUUUUUCCCCAAACUCUCUCGUUUGUUCCCUUUUCCGGCGACGCUUAAUCGUGUUUUUGCUUUCCAGAUAGAUAUUUGUUUGAUUCCGGCGUUUAAUAAUCGUUUUUUUCCGAGAUUUGAGAUCGUACUAUUGUGCGUCGUUGUGGCUUAUCUGCGGCUUUGUAUACAUGGAGAGAGAUUUUCUCGGGCUGGGUUCGAAAAAUUCUCCGAUCACUGUGAAGGAGGAAACCAGCGAAAGCUCCAGAGAUUCAGCUCCGAAUAGAGGAGGAAUGAAUUGGUCAUUCUCAAACAAAGCCUCUGCUGCUUCUUCUCAGUUCCUAACUUUCAGGCCAUCCCAAGAAGAAAGACAUAGAAAGUCUGGAAAUUAUCAUCUUCCCCACUCUGGUUCCUUCAUGCCAUCAUCAGUAGCUGAUGUAUAUGAUUCAAACCGCAAAACUCCUUACACUUCUGUACAGGGAGGCAGGAUGUUCCCAAGUUCCAAUCACCAUGACGAAACUAGCAUGUCUAUGCAGGGUCUCCAGUCUCAUAAUUAUCCACAUGGAGGAAAAAGCUUCAUCAGCAAUGGCAUAAAUUCGCAACCUUUGGUAGGAGUUCCUAUAAUGGCACCUCCAAUUUCAGUCCUUCCUGCUCCUGGUUCCAUUGUAGGGACAACCGAUAUUAGAUCUUCUUCCAAGGCAUUAGGAUCACCUGCUCAGCUGACCAUCUUUUAUGCCGGUUCAGUUUGUGUUUAUGAUGACAUAUCUCCUGAAAAGGCCAAGGCGAUAAUGUUGCUAGCUGGAAACGGUUCCUCUAUGCCUCGAGCCUUUUCACCACCUCAAACUCAUCAACAAGUGUCCCAUCAUGCACGCGCCUCUGUUGAUGCUUCUGCUAUGCGUCCUAGCUUCAUGCCUACAGUCUCUUAUCUUAGCCCUGAAGCAGGAAGUAGCACAAAUGGACUCGGAGCAGCGAAGGCAACAAAAGGCUUUACGUCAACAUACCACAAAAACCAAACUAAUGCAUCGAAUAUCAACUGUUCAGUGCCAGUUUCUUGUUCUACCAAUGUAAUGGCUCAAACAGUGGCUUUACCUCAGGCUCGCAAAGCUUCCCUGGCUAGGUUCUUAGAGAAACGCAAAGAAAGGGUCGUAUCGCCAUACUGCUUAGAUAAGAAGUCAUCAACAGAUUGUCGGACACCAAUGUCUGAAUGCAUAAGUUCUUCACUCAGCUCUGCAACCUAAUCCCAUUUGCAGUAACCAGUCCAGAUCAAUCUUUGCAUUUUCUCAGUUUUCUUUUCUUGCUACAGAAUUUGGCUACAACCGAAAUUCUUCUUAGCUUAUAUACUAUAGUGUAUACUUCAUUUAUCAGAUUUUUGGUUGAAUGGAAAUGAUGAGAGAAACCAGCAUAUGUACUUCGGAAAGUAGUAGAAACUGUUACUUAUUGUCUCUACUCUUUUGUUACAUAACAGUCAAGCUCGCAUUUGUAUUCUAUAUCUCCUGGUUGUCUCAAUGCAAAUAUCCCGAGAUAGUUUUUGAUUUUAAAGAAAAAAAUAGAAUUUAGAAGAAAAUUCUUCUCGAUCUAUUUACAGGAUGUUAAUUUUUUUUGUAUAUUCGAAGGAAC